AUGCCGCGUUGGGGCCCCCGCUACGACGCCCAGCCGGUUGCGUUCGGCGAGGACUGCGAGCACGAUGAGGUCGCGAUUCCGCGGUCGCGCGCAGGCUUCCAGGGCCGGUGGCGCAGCCUGUUGUCCGCGGCCGCCGGCCCGGGCUCCUGGAGACCGCUGGUGCCCGAGGCCGUCCCCACCCCGCUGGUCGCCGAGCCGCUUGCGCAGGGCGGCCAGGGCGGCGAGGGUGGCGAGGACGGCGAGGACGCGGCGGAGAUCCCGCAGACGCACGCAGGUGCCUCGGGAAGCGGGCGCAGCACAGCCGUGGGCCUGGUGCUGGCGUGCGUGGCGGCAGGGGCCGCCGCGGCCGCCGCAGGGCUUCGCGCUGGCUGGCAGGGGCCGCCAGGGUCCCCAGGGGCUCCGCCAGAGCACCGGGGCGCGCUCCAGCAGAGUAUCGAGGCCCUGGAUGCGUCCAGCGCUCGCCGUAGAAUGGAAUCGCCGGACGCCGGCUCCGACUCGUUCGAGUGGCACCCUGUAGAGUGGACCGUCGCCGUGCGCAAGGCGCGCAGAGAAGUCCUGGAGUCCCAGAAGUUUCGGUUGCUGAAGCACGCCGACGCCAGGAUAAGCCUGAGGGAUAGGAACGGCCUCCACCUCGACGUAGCGGGAAACCGCUCCGAGAUGAAGGGCGGGGUGACGGCCCAGGGCGUGCUCGUAGCGAGCCCCGUCGCGGAGACAGGGAAGUUCACCGUCCAGUACAACGACGACAAGACAGUUUCGCUGAAACAGUCCAACAACAUGUGCCUCACCUCGAGCACCGCUGGCCUUGUCCUAGUGGACUGCGGCGCGAAUGGCGGUGCUGGAUCCGCCUUCACCCCGACCGUCCUAGAGUCGGAGGGCGUCGUGGCCUUCAAGACGAGAGCAGGGGCGUACCUGACUGUGUACGAGGCGUGGGUCCAGAACUACAAGACAGCCCUGGUGAUGGUGAACGAGACGGUUGCGCGGCAGAGCCCGUCGCAGUGCGCAGAGAUCCGCCGGAGCUCCGCCGGGCCAGGCGGCCUCGUCACGCUGGAGACGCGCGGGGGAGCCUACCUCACCGCCGCAGGCGGCGAGACCCUCGGCGCCGACGCCGCCGAGGCUGGGCCCGCGGAGAUGUUCCGGGAGGUCAAGAGCGACGACGGCGGCGUCUCGCUGCGCGCCCCCCUCUCCGCCGAGGGCGCCACGAAUCCCCCAGCGGCGGCGCCGCCGGGCAGGCUGCGUGGGGACGCCCGGUCGCGGCUCUUCGGCCGCUUGGAGGGCCUGAGGGCAUCAAGCCACGUCCCCAGUGCUGCAGACAUCUUUGACCUGCGGGUGAACUCGGACAGUACAGUCUCCCUGACCAGCGACGGUCUUUACGUGUGCGCGGCCGAGAGGGUGGUCACGGUAGCAACCUGCGAGACCCGGAAGGCGUCCGCCGGUUGGCCCAUGCAGGGGGUGAACAAUUCGAUGACCAUCCAGAAUGUCUGCGCGCACGAGGAGUGGUAUGGUUUCAAGACGAAGGUGGAUGCGUACCGGAAGUUCGUGGGCGAGUUGGUACACAGUGACGAUCCAGGCCAGAUUGUUGUUUUGGUGGACAACUCGGAUAUGGCGUUCGGGGGCUGUCGCUACCACGAGCUGCUCGAUAGGUACGAUCUCAUCCGCAAUCUCACUGGCGCAAUUGUCAUCGCUGGCGCCGACACGUCGCCAUUCCCCACCACUGACUGGCCGUACGACUCGUUGGAGGACCGCCGCGAGGUGAUCAUGCAGUCUUUCGGCAUGAAUCUCGACUCAUACUGCAACGUCACCGGCUGCCCCGAAUAUUCUUAUAGGUACGCGAACAGUGGCUUCCUAAUGGGCCCCCCCCUUGUGUUAUACGAUCUUUUGGGCUGCAUGCUGGACAAAGGGCAGGGCCACUUUGGCGGCGACCCUGGCUACGAAUACGACGACCAGCACGGGCUCCAGGCUUGCAUGUUCGAGGGGGGGUACCAUGAAAUUGUCGCGCUGGACUACUCUGGAACCCUGACCAUGGAGUUGAUCCGUGUGGAGGACUCGGCGUUAUACCAGGACAGCGGGAGGGUGUACAACAGGGUGGCGCGGGACAUGUCGCAGUGUUUUGUGCACGGCAACGGGGAGACCCUGGAGUCCUGGUGGCCGAGGCUAUUCCCGGGAGCGCACAUGACGGAGAUCUACGGCAAGACUUCUCCGGAAGCGCACAUGACGGAGAUCUACGGCAAGAGUUGGCCUAGUGUUGCAUCCGACCAAGACGAUUAUCCAGCACACCAACAUCGGAUGUGGUAG